AUGGAGAAAAAUUCUUCACUGCCUUCUGAUAUCCUGGAGAUCCAAGGAUUUGACAUAUCUCCAGAGUACAUAUACCCUCUGUUUUUUUUACUUUUGUUUGUAUACUCCACUCUGCUCUUUUCUAACAUCAGCGUUCUCAUACUUAUCAUAAAGGAAAAGAGUUUGCAUCAGCCCAUGUACUUCCUCUUCUGUAACCUGUCUGUGAAUGACCUGAUCGGCAACACAGUCUUGCUGCCUCAGCUUAUGGCUCAUGUCCUUUCCACCAAACGUUUCAUCACCUACAACCAGUGUUUGCUUCAAGCUUUUCACAGCCACACCUUUGGAUCUGCAUCACACAUGAUUCUUGUUAUCAUGGCUAUCGACAGAUAUGUGGCCAUCUGCCACCCUCUGAGGUACAGCUCCAUCAUGACUAACAAAGCUGUGAUCGGCCUGUCUGCCACUGCCUGGGGUGUUUCCUUACUGCUAGUGUCUGUGCUCUUAGGUCUCACAGGCAAGCUGUCCCGCUGCAGAUCAGUUAUACAAAAUGCCUUCUGUGACAAUGCAUCACUGUUCAAGCUUUCUUGUGAGGACGUGUCCAUUAAUAACAUAUAUGGACUGUUUUUUACAGUGCUGCUGUUUACUUGUUCGAUUGGAGGCAUCACUGCUACUUACAUCAGAAUAGCUCUCAUAUGCUGGAUGAGGAAAAACAAGGAGAUGAAUAACCGAGCGCUUCAAACCUGCUCAAGCCACCUCAUUCUUUAUCUGAUUAUGCUCUGGUCAGGGUUCCUAACUAUUAUAUUGCAUCGAUUUCCAGACUAUCCAGACUUAAGGAAGAUUGCAUACAUUUUGUUUCAUGUCGUGCCUGCCAAUUUAAAUCCUAUUAUUUAUGGACUACAAACAAGAUCAUUACGAGAUAAGAUUAUUCAAAUACUCAAAAGGAAAAUUGUAAUUUCCAUCUAG